GUUUGUGCCUGUGUCUUCUUAAUUCAAUUGCGUUAAUCCUGAAUUCCUAACUCAUACGACAAUUAGAAUACUAUAUUGGCGUCGUGAUGGAACCUGCGAUGGAAAAGUUGGAUAUUCAUUCAACUCCUGAAGCUUUUGAGGAUUAUUUGGAAAGGUUCGAAAUUUGGAGCAUGACCAAAGAAGAUGAUGAGGAUGCUAAUAUUGUGGCACACUUCCUCACAUUCAUUGGGAGAGAAGCGUACAGCUUAUUAAAAACUUUAGCAUAUCCAGAAAAACCUAUUUCACUCCCUUAUGCAACUCUUAAAGAGCUAUUAUUAAGUCAUGUAAAAUGCACCAGUUUUGAAUGCCGUGAAAGGGCGAAGUUUCAUAAGAUGAUUCGUCAAAAUGACCAAAAGGCUCGGGAAUUCAUCCUUGAAUUACAGAAACAAGCUGCCAAGUGUGAUUUCGGUGAUCAACUUCAUG